AUGCCGAUGUUACUUGCCGACCGAUUCCGUCUACGUCACUCGCUCCGCGACGCACUUUACGGACCAGUCGGACUCUACGAAGAUACUCAGUGUAACAAUGAGCUUGUAGCCAUUAAGCAGGUAUCGCUGACACGAGCCCUUACGGCGCUGCGUCAGAAUCCUAACAUGGACAACCCUUGGACCGAACACCGAGUCAUCUCACGUCUCAUGACGUUGCCUCCACACGCUAAUGUCGUGCACUUCCGCAACGAAUUCUUACAUGCUAAGGACACGUGGUGUGUCGUCAUGGAGUUCUGUCCGGGUGGGGACCUCUGGAACCUGCUUGAGCGGUCCCCACAGAAUCGGUUGCUCGAGGGCAUCGCCCAGCCGCUCUAUCUCCAAUGCGUCCGGGGAGUGCAAUAUCUGCAUUCAAACGGCAUUGCCCAUCGCGACUUGUCGCUUGAAAAUGUAUUUUACUGCCACGGGACGUGCAAAAUUGGUGACUUUGGCCUGAGUACAGAUGUCCCGCUUCGAAGCAGCGGUGAAGUCGUGGGCAAAGCUUACUAUAUGGCACCAGAGGUGGCCAAUAAAGAGGCGUACGACGCCUUUGCAGCCGACAUAUGGUCGCUUGGGAUCGUGCUCUUUAUUAUGCUCACGGGCUCCCCGCUUACGUCCUCUGCGUCGCGAGACAAUAAGGCGUUCGUGGCUUUCUGUGAACUGGGCGUGGCCAAGGUCAUUGAAUUAUGGGGACUCGCAGACCGGAUAUCGACGACAACGCUCGAGCUGCUGGAUAAGCUGCUUCGGUUGGAUCCGAGAGAGAGACCGACGGCCGAUGAGCUUGUGGACCUCAUUGAGACCGCGGCAAUGGAUUGA